CUUAUCAGCCCCCGCUGGAGCCCUGCUUGUGUUUUGAGAAAUAGAAAUACUCGCAGGGUGUACUGGCCCUUUAAGAGGACGCCGCGGAACGCCGGGGGGCGGAGCCUCAAUCGACGCCAAGCCGCUGUCACGUGUGUCGACGUCUGCGGCUUCGGGGGUCACGUGGUGGCUAGGUUGGGGAAAAUGGCGGCUUCGGGGGAAAGUGGGGCUUCCGGCGGCGGUAGCACCGAAGAGGCGUUUAUGACCUUCUACAGCGAGGUGAAACAAAUAGAAAAAAGAGAUUCUGUUUUAACGUCAAAAAAUCAGAUUGAAAGACUUACCCGGCCUGGAUCAUCUUAUUUUAACUUGAAUCCAUUUGAGGUUCUCCAGAUAGACCCCGAAGUGACAGAUGAAGAAAUCAAGAAGCGGUUCAGGCAGUUAUCCAUAUUGGUGCAUCCUGACAAGAACCAAGAUGACGCAGAGAGAGCACAGAAGGCUUUUGAAGCUGUUGACAAAGCCUACAAACUGCUCCUGGAUCAGGAGCAGAAGAAGAGAGCCCUGGACGUCAUUCAAGCAGGAAAAGAGUACGUGGAGCACACCGUGAAAGAGCGAAAGAAACAACUAAAGAAGGAAGGGAAGCCUACAAAUGUGGAAGAAGAUGACCCUGAAUUGUUCAAACAGGCAGUUUACAAACAGACAAUGAAGCUUUUUGCUGAAUUGGAAAUAAAGAGGAAAGAGAGAGAAGCUAAAGAAAUGCACGAAAGGAAGCGACAAAGAGAAGAAGAGAUUGAAGCACAAGAAAAAGCAAAGAGAGAAAGAGAAUGGCAGAAAAACUUUGAGGAAAGUCGAGAUGGGCGUGUGGACAGUUGGAGAAAUUUCCAGGCAAACACAAAGGGAAAGAAGGAGAAGAAAAAUCGGACCUUCCUGAGGCCGCCCAAAGUAAAAAUGGAGCAGCGCGAGUGAUGUCUGGGGCUGCAGCAACAGAGUCUUUUCCUCCUUCCGCUCCCCCCCCUUCCUGCUUUGAAGGACUUAUCCCCCACCUAGAAUAGUAUUGGCUUUGUAGUCCAUUGGUUUUCAGUAUAAUUUAAUAUUGAUCAGAGUCAUUCUUUUGUACAUGGAAACAAGGGGCCUGGUUUAAUAGCAGCCUGGCCUAGUCCCUGCCACUGUGGAGGGUGUGGGGGGGGCGCCGCCCACCUCUGUUGCUGUUUGUAAUUUAAUGUUUUGUACUUCACUGAAUUGUGACCUUUAUGAACUUUAUGUAGCGUGUGUGGAAAUCAUCUCAUUAAACCAGUUGCUUAAAAUGGUGUUCGGUGACUUAGGAGGAGUCUACCUUUAGAAAAGUCAUCGGUUCCUUCAAAUGCCCAUCCCCGGGUGAGCGUCCAGCCCUUGUAUCUCCUGGUUGGAUGGUAAAGGAAGCAGCGUCUGGGUGGAGCAGUCAUGUCGCACCCCAACUCCUGCCGACUGUGCUCAGAACCAGCCCUUGCCCCACGAGUGGCUAAUGUUGUGUAAAGAUCAGAGCCACCAUCGCCUGUUUGAUUUCCAAAGAGCUUGCUGCCCUCUUCCAUCUAGCACAACUCUGUCCUAGCUUGUUUACCUCUAGUUAGUGGCUAUUCUGUAUGUAUAAUAAAUUUUUCUACCAAAACA